AUGUGUAUUAGGCAAAGAACGGGGCUUUUUCUUGUGGUAUAUUUUUGUUCCAUCCAGGAGAGGACUCCGAGGAAAGGUCAGUAUUUAGAGGAGGUUGAGGAAGAGAUGACAGAAGCAGCCGCAGACUCAAAUGAGGACCCGUCAGAGGAAAUGGAGGACCUGGAACCUCUGGAACCAGAUAACAGAGGUACUUUCCAACAAGUCACGAACCUCCUCAACAUCAUGGAUAGCGGGUCAGCCAAGACGGACGCUGCCGGGGCAGGUCCUGACAUGCGGAAGACGCUGGCCUCGGUGAUAAUCACGGAGAAGGCCACCACGGAGCCCUCGGUGGUGAUGAAUGCUCUCAUCCGCUGCCUGCAGGUGCCGGAGAUUUCUACCCAGCGCAAAGUCAACAUCUACAACAUCCUCCAGGAGAUCAUCCAGCAGGAGGGGGAGCUGGAGGAGCGGGGAGUCCAGAGGCUGGUCACCAUCGCCUCCAAGGAGAUGAGGCAGACCCUGGAGGUGGAGGGCUACGUGAAGGCAGAGGUGGCCAGUGACACACUCGUGGCUCUGUCCCGAAACCACUUCAGCAUGGUCAUGUACGAGCUGCAGCACCGCCUCAAGCCCCUCAACCUCACGGACGAAUUUGUCAUCAUCACCUUGGCGAAGCUAGCCAACGGCAAUGUGUUUGAGUUCAUGCCAUACAUGGGCAUCACGCUGGCCACCAUAUUCACGAUGCUGAGACUCGCCACUGAAGCCAAGAUGCGCCAGGUGAUCUGCAGCGCCAUGGAGACCUUCUGUGAGACAGUGCAGUUUUACCUGAAGCAUCUCGAGGACAGCGUGUACCCUGUGAUGACCGAGGAUCAGUUUGCCAUGAAGUUGUUCCCCAUGUACCGCUAUUUUGUGACCGUGUGGCUGAGGAACCACCACCCUGAGGUGAAGCUGGGGGUCAUCAAGUCCUUGAAGCCCAUGCUGAACCUCCUCCUGCCCAACGAUGACCUGCGGGAUCAGUUGUACGACUACAUCCCCCUGCUGCUGGCGGAGUACCGAGGUAACCUGGAAGCACUCUUCAUCACGCAGGUCUUGAGGCAGAUCCUGGAAAUGUCGGUCAUCACCAACACUCCGGUCCCCCAAAUGCAACUUCACACCAUUUUCACAGAACUCCACAUCCAGGUGUGUGCCAAGGCUCCUGCCCACGAGCGGUACAGCAGCCAAAACCUGGCGGAGAUCGUACACUGCUUCAUAGCCCUCGCCCGGUCCUACCCCAAGGAGCUGAUGAAGUUCUUCCUCAGUCAGAUGGAGAUGAGCAAGGAGGCCAUCCGCGUGGGGACCCUGACACUGAUUAGGGCAGUGGUGAGCGCAGAUGAGCCCAGAAUGAAUAUCAGGACCAUCUACCUGGCCAUCCGGGUGGUCAAGAACGCCCUCUGUGACACCCGCUUCAAGGUGAGGAUGGCUAUUCUCCGCAUCAUCGGCCAGUUGGCUCUGUCUGGCUACCAGGACAGGAUCAAAGGCUGGGGCCUGAAGUACGUGUCUGUGCAGCUGACUCUUUCCACCUACAAACUGACAAAUCACCGGGAGAACUUUUAUCAGAGGAACCUGGAGGAGAAGAUGGUCCACAAAGUCACCAUGGACACCGUGAAGAUCAUAACCUCUUCCGUCAGUGGGAUGACCAACGAGUUUUGGGUGAGGCUCCUGUGCUACAUCAUGGAGACGGAUUACACAGAGGCCUUGACCCCCAUCUGCAUCAGCCUCACAAACCUGGCGGAACGCCAGCUCCACGCCGAGGACAUGGAGGCCAGCACGGCCCGCCAAAGCAGACACGUGGACCUGCCUGCACCCCAGAAACUGUUGGCCCGUCUCCUGGUGCUGAUGUCAUCCCCCUACAAGGGGGAGGGCCGCGGGAUAGCCAUGCUCAACCUCCUGAGGACGCUGAGCCAGAGCAUUGCGCCCUCCAUGGCUGACAUGUGGGAGCUGGAGAUCCCACUGCUGCUCAAGUACCUGGAAGAGCAUACUGAGUUUACCUGGAAUCAGAAGACCUGGGAGGACAAGCUGAUUCAGUUUCUGAGAAACUCCCUUAAGAAGACCCGAGGUUCCAAUUGGAGCUUGCGUCUGAGCAAAGAGCUGAACAACCAGAUUGAAAGCUUCGACAGCCCCUCCCUGGAGAAGGGCUUUCUGUAUCGGGCCCUGGGCUUCGCUCUGGCCACAGGCCUGGAGGCUGACAAGGUGGAGGCGCUGCUCCUGGAGCUGCUGUACAAGACAGACUAUGGCAACGACUUUGACCGGGAGGGCGUGAUUCUGUGCUUUGGCCUGUGUGCCCGAGGCCAGGUGAAGACAGUGCUGAAUGUGCUCCAUGACUUCGAGGAGAGGAUCCAGGAGUCGGAGCAGUCCUGGCAGAUGGGCGCUUGGAGGAAGGACCAGCCCUGGAGGCGGGAGACGGUGAAGAGCGCCCUCAUGGUGAUGUACAGCUGUGUGGCCUCGUACUGCCUCCCCCAGAUGCUCCUGACCCACGUGGACAACCCCAUCACCGCGAAGAUCAUUCAUCACUACUCCAGCAGCUGCCAGGACAUCUGCCUCAAAAUGGCCUUCAUGAAGAGUGUGGUGCAAGUCACCAACGCCAUCAAAAACAUCAAGGACCUGGAGGACUUUCAAUUUGCCCAAAAGAUGACGCUUACUGGCAUUAUAAUGGCCACCAUCAAGGCAGAAGCCACCGACAGCCUGGUUUCUCCCGUGCGGACCAUGGCGAUGGAGGCCCUCUCGCACCUGAGCAAUCUGAAGCCUUUCUACUCCACAGAGGAAAACAAUGAGCUGAUGGAUAUCAGUAUUCAUUCUGUAAUUUCUCUCCAACCCCCAGCGGAGGACAAUGAGUCCAUUCAGACCCUGUAUGCAAAUGCGAAGCAUGUCCUGGAGCAGCUGAUGGAGAGCCUUAUGCAGAGGCAGCUGGACCCCAAGGGGCUGCAGGAGAUGGUACACCUCCUGGAAAAGUGGAUCUUGUCGGAGAAAGAAGGGGAGCGGGAGAAGGCCAUGAAACUCCAUCUCCAUCUCAUGCAGAUCUAUGUGCAAAGCAUCGGUGUCUGCAUCCCCCUGAAGCUGGGGCAGUUUGGCUCGCUGGUCGGACUCGUCGCCCCUUGUACCUGUGACUCCCAUAGAAGAACCCGCAUGGCCUCCAUGGGUGUCCUGUCCAGCCUGCUGGAACUUCAUGCAAGCCAGACCUGCUCCUCAUGGGGCCCUUCCAAGGAGUUGGAGCUUGCAAAAUGUAAGGAGGAUCUCCAGGGCUUGGAUGUGGAGAAGAUUUUUAGUGCAUCUUCCAGAAUCGCCAAGGUGGCUUGCAUGCAAUUUAACUGUGAUGAGGUGGUCUCGCUCAUCCAGAAGCUCUGUGAGAACAUCGGGGCGCUGGACCUACAGCAUGAUAAGGCCUCCGUCACCUGGAUUGGCACCUUCCUCCAGAUGCGGGCCAAGGAACUGGAGGACAAGGUGGCCGAGAUCCUGGGCGCCAUCCUGGUCCAGCUGCCCGUGGUGGAUCACCUGGAGGUGCGGCGUCUCCUCAUUGAGGGCAUCCUCCUGCUGGCACACUACCACCAGGAGACUGUCCUCACGUCGCUCCUGAGGCAGCCCCUGCCCAUGGAGAGCCACCUGACGGAGGUGUGGCUGGCUGUGGCAGAGAACGUGCCCUUUGCCUGGACGAUGCUCCAUGGGCUGAUGGGCCGGCUGCAGUCGAGGUUCACCCCCAGGGCCAAUGCCACGUCCAAAGCUGACAUCUGGCGCCUGGCCGCGGUGGAUCCUCUGAUGACACUGUGCACCAUCCACCUUCUCAUCCAGAAGAUGGAUAUGGACGACAAGCUCCUGGACCUCUUCCCAGACCUCGCCUACACCCUCCUACUGCAGCUCAGCAGUAGCCAGGGGCCAGAAGCUGUGUCGCCUGUCCUGAAGACAUGGAGACUGGUCCACACGGGGACACUGCCCGAGGAGAUCAAUCUGCAGAGGAUCACGAUCAAGUCCAUGCAGCUUUUGUUCAGAAGACUCAACAAUGAGCAGCUGGUUCACACCCUGGAGGAGCAGGGCGUGUGGGCCCUCCUGCAGAGCAGCUCCACAUUCCUGCAAGGGGUGGGCCUGCUCACCAGGCUGUGCAUGCGGAGCAUGGAGGGGUACAGGCAGCGACUGUCGGAGCUGGUGCUCAGAGGCAUGGACUCGGAUGUCCUCAGCUGCUGCAUCAGCAGCACGGCGGUCUGCGUGGAGUUCAUGAGCGACCCGGUUCUGUACCAGGAGAAGCUGCUGAAGCCCAUGGUGUUGAUGCUGGAGAAGGGCGCGGACCAGGAGGACGAGGCCUUGAGGGUGCUCUCGCUGCGUGCCCUCGGCAACAUGGCCCUUGGUGCCCCCAAGAAGGUGAACCAGUACCGGAAGCUGUUGCUCGAGAAGUGCCUGGACUCCCUGAGGGAGCCCGUGAACACCAGCGUGACCUCCGAGGGCAUGGAGGCCCUGGCCAAGAUCCUGGCUGAGCUCCGGGAGGGAGACAUGGGGUCCUCGUUUGGCAUCAUCUGUGAGCAGUGCAGGGCCUUCUUUGACAACGAGAGCGAGCUGCUGCGUUUAAAAGCCUUUGUCCUGUUCGGGAAGCUGGCGAAGGUGGUCAGGAUUUCCAAGAAGCACUUCUUCAAGGAGGAAGUGAGAAGAGCCUGGAUCCCCCUCAUGCUGCACUGCCAGGACCCCUGCCCGGACGCAGCCCAGGCUUGCAUGGCCACCAUGUUUCAGUGUGUGCACUUCUGGGGCUGGAAGGCCCUGGAGAGCAGCUCGGGCCGAAGGGACAGCAGUGCGGCUGAUGAGAUGACCGUGUUCCAGACAACGCUGUGCUCCAUCCUGACUCAGAAAAAACCUGCCGUGCUCUACAGCUUCUUGCUAGAAACAAUGACCUACGUCAAUAGUAACUUGCCAAGGAUCAAAACUGCUGCCUGCAACCUGGCAGGAAUUAUUAUGAAGCAGAUGUCUGCACAUCAUCUGAGAAAACUGGACUUUCUGACAUUAAGGAAUUCUCUCCAGGAGCUGCAGCUCGACUCGGACCCUGGGGUCCGCAAGGCAGCCCUGGGGACUCUCAGAAUCUUGGAUACGUGUAGCCAGCACCCGCUUUUGGCUUCCCCCGGAGGAUUUUGCUAGAUGGUUCGAAUGUGAAGUGUAAACUGCCUCCUCGGAGUGCCAAACCACAGCCGGACUGCAGCAAGGCAAAACAUUUUUAAUUUAGUUUGUUAAGAAAAGCAUCAUUCUAAAAUAAUCAGCGUCCCUUUUUUUCCUCCCCUUGAAAUAAACCUCCAUUGCCAUUGGGAGCGCAGAUUUCUGACUGUGAGGGGACAACAAGC